CUGUGAUCUAUGCAUUGAAAGUAGAGCGAAGCAGCCCCUCGAACGGGCCGUCCCAAAACCAUAUCGGAUUCAUCGGAUUCUGUUACUACAACACGACAAGUUGACAGUUUUUGAAGACCGAACCGACACCGCUGAGAAACACAAGACUGCGGGCGCGGCAUCAUGAAGAUCAAAGCCCUCAGCCGGAGCAUCACGGCUCAGCAAGCGCCAGGUUCAGACGUCCAACGCGCCCCGCGCAAUCUCGCCCCCGAGAUCCAUCCUUUUGAACGAGCUCGGGAAUAUCAAAGAGCUCUCAAUGCGGUCAAACUGGAACGCUUGUUUGCCAAACCCUUCCUCGGCCAGCUAGGCAACGGCCAUGUUCAAGGCGUGUAUAGCAUGUGCAAGGACAAGAACUCCCUCAACUCGGUGGCUUCAGGGUCCGGUGAUGGCGUGAUCAAAGUUUGGGACCUAACGACACGCGACGAAGAAGUCUGGCGUACGGCUGCACAUUCGAAUAUCGUCAAGGGCUUGACCUUCACCAACGACAAGAAGCUGCUCUCCUGUGCUACAGAUGGCAUCAAGUUGUGGGAUCCUUACAACACCCCCAGCAACACAACACCAUUUGCUACCUGGCAAGAAGGCGGCCCAUACACAUCGCUGUCGGUUCACAGGACCGGAAAUGUCUUUGCUGCUUCGUCCGGCGCCGGUUGCAUCCGAGUCUGGGACCUCGACCAGAGCACGGCCGCGCAGACAAUACAAUGGCCCAAUUUCACGGAUACCAUCACCGACGUUUGCUUCAACCAAGUCGAGACCGCCGUUGUCGCGUCUGUCGCCACCGACCGCUCGCUCAUCCUCUUCGACCUGCGAACAAACCUGCCUGUCAUCAAGACGAUUCUCCAGUUUGCAGCCAAUCGUGUCGUCUUCAACCCUAUGGAAGCCAUGAACCUGGCGGUCGCAUCUGAAGAUCACAACGUCUACAUUUUCGACGCCAGAAAUUUCGACAGGGCGCAGAAUAUCCUGAAGGGUCACGUGGCCGCCGUUAUGGACGUCGAGUUCUCUCCCACGGGCGAGGAGCUCGUGAGCGGCUCUUACGACCGCACCAUCAGGGUCUGGCGCCGUGACCAUGGCCAUUCUCGCGACAUAUACCACACUAAGCGCAUGCAGAGGGUAUUCCGAACCAUGUGGACGAUGGACUCCAAGUAUCUCCUCAGCGGAAGUGACGACGGCAACGUCCGUCUGUGGCGCGCCAACGCAUCGGAGCGCAGCGGUGUCAAGUCGACAAAGCAGCGGCAGGCAUUGGAGUAUAACUCGGCCCUGUUGGAGCGGUACUCGCACAUGCCGGAAAUCAGGCGCAUCCGCCGACACAGGCAUCUGCCCAAAGUGGUCAAGAAGGCGAGCGAGAUCAAGCGCGAGGAACUGGCAGCCAUCAAGCGGCGCGAGGAGAACGAGCGGAAGCACUCGAACAAAAAGUUCGAAAAGCGCAAGAGCGAGCGCGAGAAGGCCAUCAUUGCCAAACAACAAUGAAUUGUUGCA